UUGUUCGAUUCGCUGGCGACGCCUUUGCUAGAGUAAUAAUUUCGGCGUUUUUUGUGUGUUCUGGAGCAAAAUGUCUGCUGAAGUUGAUUUUAUUAAUAAAAAGGAGGUGCACCUACGCACUCUGAAGCAGUCAGGACAUGUGGGCUUCGAUAGUCUUCCCGAUCAGUUAGUCAACAAGAGCGUUCAGAAUGGAUUCGUUUUCAACGUUAUGUGUAUUGGCGAGACUGGUCUGGGAAAAUCCACACUGAUGGACACGCUUUUUAACACAAGUUUCGAGUCGACACCCUCCCCGCAUACGCUCCCCAGCGUGAAAUUGAAGGCUCACACCUACGAGCUGCAGGAGAGCAACGUGCGUCUUAAGCUUACCAUUUGCGACACAGUCGGCUAUGGUGAUCAGAUAAACAAAGAUGAUUCAUUCAAAGCUGUCGUCGACUACAUCGAUGCUCAGUUCGAGAACUAUUUGCAGGAAGAGCUGAAGAUCAAGCGGUCAUUGGUUACUUGCCAUGAUAGUCGUAUCCACAUUUGUUUGUACUUCAUCUGUCCUACUGGACAUGGGCUGAAGUCACUGGAUUUAGUUUGCAUGAAAAAGCUGGACAGCAAGGUUAAUAUUAUUCCAGUUAUUGCAAAGGCUGACACCAUUUCCAAAGUGGAACUGCAGCGAUUCAAAGCAAAGAUCAUACAGGAGCUGAACAGCAACGGCGUUCACAUCUAUCAGUUUCCCACGGACGAUGAAACCGUGGCCGAGACAAACAGCGGCAUGAAUUCCCACAUCCCCUUCGCGGUCGUGGGCAGCACAGAGUUCAUUAAGGUUGGCAAUAAACUCAUACGUGCCCGCCAGUACCCAUGGGGCACAGUCCAGGUAGAAAAUGAGACACACUGUGACUUUGUCAAGCUCCGUGAAAUGCUUAUUCGCACAAACAUGGAGGAUAUGCGGGAGAAGACACACACACGACACUACGAACUCUAUCGCCAAAAACGCUUGGAGCAGAUGGGCUUCAGUGAUGUGGAUAGCGACAACAAGCCAAUAUCAUUCCAGCAAACAUUCGAGGCAAAACGUUCCAACCAUUUGGCGGAGCUGCAGGCCAAAGAGGAGGAAGUGCGUCAAAUGUUUGUACAGCGGGUCAAGGAGAAAGAAGCGGAGUUGAAGGAGAGCGAGAAAGAUUUGCAUGCUAAGUUCGAGAAAUUGAAGCGAGAUCAUGCCGAGGAGAAGCGAAAACUCGAGGAGUCACGAAAGGCCCUUGAAGAGGACUAUAUGGAUUUCCAACGUCGUAAACAGCAACUCGCUACAGCACAUCAUACUUUAACGCUGGGCAAAAGCAAGAAGAAGUAGGCCGAGAAGUUCUGGCCCUUCUCUUGAAUAUUUUGUGCGUUUUGCUUAUCCCAAAGUAAUUGCUUUUUCAUCUUGUUGUAUUUCAUUUAUACUAUUAAGUUUUCUUCAAAUAUUAACAUAAAAUAUAUAUACAUACUAUAUGUGCUUACAAUUAGCAUACAUACAUACAUACUAACAAAUAAAGC